AUGGCAAAUUGGCCGCGAGUUUCCCCGCUUUUAUACGUCGGCCUUGGCGUUUUCAUCGGAUUGUGUCUGUCGAUCAUCUCACAGCCAUCUGCCAAUGUAUUUGAUGGAAUCUCAAACUAUCAAGCGAUUCGACCCGAUCGACACAUUGAUAAUCACGAUCACGCACAUAAUAACGAUCCGCAUGACGAUUCACAAGUAGACGACAAUCACGCUGAUUUUGCCCCCGUUCAGUUUCAUUCAAACGAUUCGUCACAUUCUCACGAUGGCGAAAGCAUUGUGGCGGAUGAAAUCGCGAAAAAGGUGCGCGUAUUCUGCUGGAUUCUGACCGGAAAACAGAAUCACGAUAAACGUGCAAAACACGUGAAAGCCACGUGGGCUAGAAGAUGUAACAAAUAUGUAUUCAUGUCAUCUGAAGAAGAUCCCGAACUACCUUCAAUCAAUCUGAAUGUCUCUGAAGGUCGAGAUUAUCUGUGGGCGAAAACAAAAGGAGCAUUCAAAUACAUCUAUGAGCAUCAUUUGAAUGAAUAUGAUUGGUUCCUCAAAGCCGAUGAUGAUACCUAUGUGGUAAUGGAGAAUCUGAGAUUUUUGCUUCUUUCACAUUCGCCUGAUGAGCCGGUUCAUUUUGGAUGCAAAUUCAAGCCAUUCACAAAAGGCGGCUAUCAUAGUGGAGGUGCCGGAUAUGUGCUGAGUCGAGAGGCUCUUAAAAGAUUCAUCGAAGUCGCGAUGCCGAAUAAGACGCUCUGCUCUCAAGGUCACGGCGGAGCCGAAGACGCUGAAAUGGGAAAGUGUCUCGAAAAGGUUGGCGUGAAGGCUGGCGAUUCACGCGACGCCGACGGACGUCAUCGAUUCAUGCCGUUCGUUCCCGAACAUCACUUGUCGCCGGGACACGUCGACCCGAAAUUUUGGUUUUGGCAAUACACGUACUAUCCGUUCGAUCAGGGACCAACGUGUUGUUCAGAUUACGCGGUUUCCUUUCACUAUGUGAGCCCAAACCAGAUGUAUGUCUUGGAAUAUCUCAUUUAUCAUUUGAAACCUUUUGGAAUUGAUCGAAGUUUUCGGGUGCCGAAAAAUGAGACAUUAUUUCACACAGCGUACCUUAUUUCUAAAACGGAACGAGGUCAAGAUGACGCAUUCUAG